AUGUCAUCAUCAAGUGAUCUUCAGGUAUUUAUAAUUGAAUAUUUUUCUUGUCAACAAAAACUUUCAUGACAUUUAUAGAGUUCGCCUGAACAUGUUGUUGCAAAACGAGCGAGGAUAAGUCAAUGGCCAGCGGUUCCAAUGACUCGGGCAUUUGAAGCAAUCGACAGAAUAGCAGAUAAAUUUCCACCAGAAUCCAAGGGUUAUCCAACUGUUGCACUUACAAACGGACGAGUUAUAGCCGAAGAUAUUCGCGCACCAGAAAAUGUGCCAAAAGCGAGAACUUCGGUAAAAGAUGGAUAUGCUGUAAUUGCAGCGGAUAAUUUGAUGAUCAGAAGAGUUGCUGGAGUCGCAACAGCUGGACAACCUUGGGAUGGAAUAUUGCAACCUGGAGAAUGUAUUCGAAUUAGCACGGGAGCUGUGAUACCAGAAGGGGCUGAUGCUGUUGUUCAAGUCGAAGAUACUACUUUAGCUGGAUAUGAUGGUGAUGUCGAAGUUGCGAUCAAUAUUUUAAUAGCACCAGAAGUCGGAAAAGAUAUUCGAGAAAAAGGUUCAGACAUAAAAGAGAAUGAUGUUCUUCUUGAAAAUGGUUGUGAACUUGGUCCUGCUGAAAUUGGUCUUCUUCAUAUGUUCGGAAUCCAAAAUAUUGAAAUCUACAGAAAACCAAAGGUUUGCGUGAUGUCAACUGGAAAUGAACUUGUCGAAUCGUAUCACAUUUGUCCACCGCAAGGAUUUAUUCGAGAUUCGAAUCGCCCACAACUUUUGUCGCUUUUUAGAAGUCAAGGAUUUAAGCCAAUUGAUGCUGGAAUUGCAUCGGAUAAUAUUGAUUCAAUUGAAGCUGCAAUUCGACAAGCAUCUGAAUUUGCAUCAGUUAUCGUAACUUCUGGCGGUGUUAGUAUGGGCGAAAAAGAUUAUUUGAAAGAAGUUCUUCGCAAUCGUCUCGGCUUUGAAAUCAGUUUCGGAAGAGUUUGGAUGAAACCAGGUCUUCCUUGCACAGUUGCACAUGGAAAAAUCAACAAUCUCCCAGUUGUUGUUUUCGCAUUGCCUGGAAAUCCAGUCUCUUCGUAUGUUUGUGCCAAUCUUUUUGUCACACCAUUUCUUCGCGCAAUGGCUGGAUGUAAUCGACCAAAACAACCAGUUAUUAAAGUGAAAUUGGCAGCUGAAAUGAGACUUGGACCACGGCCAGAAUAUUGUCGAGCAUGGCUAGAAAGUCGAUGUGGUGAAACAUUUCCAAUUGCAAAUGUGACAGGAAAUCAAAUCUCAUCCAGGUAGAAUUUUCAUACAAUAUUGUCUAUUUAGAAAUGAUUAUUUAGGAAUGUCUUAUUCACACGUUCAAAAUAAAAAAACCAAAAAUGUUAACCUAAAACGCGAAUUAAAAUUUCAUUUUUAUUCUUAAAACUAAAAUAAAAUAAAUCAAGAGGAUUUUUCGAAGCCUAACUUCCGGUAAGAACUUUUUCAAUUUCCCAUGAAAUAAUUAUAUGUUUCCCGUCUUGAAAUAGUGCACUGCAUACUAGUUUCUCGGAAAAAGUAGAGAUUUUUAUAAAAGCGAUUUUUGGAAUUGUAAACUAUAUUUUAAAAUUUAGAUGGUCUUCAUUUGAAAAUUUUGGAAUCAGGAGACAAAAAAAUUGUUUGAUCCCAAAAACCUGUUCACAUCCCCUCAUGAAAAAAACAUCUGCUCCACGGUAUACCAAAUACGUAUUUCACCUUCCCAAAGGGAAAGUAUCAUUAUUAUUAUAACUAGCGUCCCUUUCCCCCAAACAUUCUUGUUUUUUUUCCAGACUUCCAAGCCUUGUCGGCGCUCAUGUUCUUCUCGUUAUCCCCCAAUCUUCGACCGAAAAAACGCAACUCGAAAAAGGCGAACUCGUCGACGCAAUCAUUAUUUCUUCACUAUUUUAA